UUUUUUUUUUUUCUUAUACAUCUUUAUACAAUAAUGCUAAUUAAUUCAAGAUUUCAACUCACUUGUAUUGCCUUAGCUAGUUGUAUUUUAUUAUAUUUCUUUUUUAAUAAUUCUAUAGCAAAUACAACUAAAUGUAAUAGAAUACCAGCUUCUGAAAAACACCUAUAUUCUUUUCGCGAUUUAAAUAAUCAAGAGAUAUCCAAUGCAACACUAAGCCAAGUCUUGAUUUUGACUCCAUUCAAGCAAUCGGUUCAAUUUAUUGAUCGUUAUUUUGAUAAUAUAAUUAAACUAACUUAUCCUCAUCAUCUCAUCUCACUUGGAUUUCUUGUCUCUGAUUCUACAGAUGGAACGAUUGAAAGACUACAAGAACGAUCUCAACUCGACUCACAUCGUUUUCAUAGUAUACACAUCUUGAAAAAAGAUUUUCAAUAUGACUUGGCAACCAAUGAAGAUCGACAUGCGUUUGAGGUACAAGUGCAACGACGAUCCAUAAUGGCCAAAAGCCGCAACACAUUAUUAUCAUCGGCUUUAACUCAGGACCAUGAUUGGGUCCUUUGGUUAGAUGGCGAUGUUGUUGAUUAUCCAGAAACUCUUUUAGAAGAACUGAUUGGCAUGAAUAAGGAUGUACUAGCGCCCAAUUGCUUUUGGCACUCUUAUAACGAGGAAGGUGGAUAUGAUAAGAAUAAUUGGCAAGAGACACCGGAAAGUUUAGAGUUUCAAAAGACAUUAGCAGCAGAUCAGGUGUUAGUGGAGGGAUACCCCGAGUUGAUUACACAUCGAAAGUUAAUGAUCGACAUGCGACAUGAGGAUGGUCAGACAGAUUUAUUUUAUACUGUACCUUUAGAUGCAGUAGGUGGAACAUGUACAUUAGUGAGGGCUGAGGUCCAUCGUGCUGGGGCUAUUUUCCCUCCUUUUGUAUUUCAACAUCAAGUAGAGACAGAGGGACUGGCUAAGAUGGCAAAGGCACUAGGUUAUGAAGUUUGGGGAUUACCAAAUUAUUUAGUUUAUCAUUACAUCUAAUAUUUUAAAUAAUAAUAAUAAAAAUAGGACUAAUUGACGUUCAUACUGUUUUAUAGUA